UGCGGUUUUAGAUUUCAGUGCAGCGCACCACCGGAUUCUUCUCGUGGCAUGGCAGACAUGACCGCGGUGCACUGGGACCCGGCACCAUGCCUGGUGCCCAUCGAAGUCGGAAGGAGCUUCUGGCAGACCUUCGUCGCGCCGCGGAGCCGGAGGAGCCUGUGGUCCCAGUCGCCCAGCUCUUGGCGACGACCGAGCAUCUCCUGCAGCUUCCUUUGGCUUCCCGAAAGGACUUGGUGGUGGCAGUGGCUGUUUUGGGACAGCGGAACCUGUGGCAGGAAGCCAUCCAACAGCUGCGCAGAGAAAGACCAGCAGGUUUACGGCCGAAUGUCAUUUGCUACAAUGCCGCUGCCGGUGCAUGCAACAGGGCAGCCGCCUGGUUUUCUGCCCUGGAGGUUCUGGGUGACGCAGCUCAACUUGGGCUGCAGCUGGACAGUGCCUCAGUGAAUCUUGUAUGCAGUGCUUAUGAGAAGGGGUCCUGCUGGAGAUUUGCUUUGACUUCCUUGAGCAACUGGAGAUCUGCUGGAGUUUGGGCCUACAAUGCUGCCAUGUCAUCUGGGGUUGCUUCAUCUUCGUGGCAGCGGAGCAGUGCUCUCCUCCAGGUGAUGGUUCGGUCAAGCUUGGAGCCAUCUAUGGUGAGUUUGACUGCUACAGUUGCCUUGCCAGACGCUGUAGAAGCUGGUUGUUGGCUGCUGGCACUUCGGCUUUUCACUGACCUCCAUCGAUGGCAAGUACAGGCGGACUCUGCUGCGGGCAACGCGGCGAUGACUUGUGGCUCUUGGCUUCACGCUGUUGCUCUAGGUGAAGAGGUCUCACAGAAGAGCUUAGACCUGAGCUUGCGAGGGCACAAUGCAAUCAUCCAUGCUGCAGGGCAGGGAAGAUGGCAGAUGGCCAUUUGGAGCUUGGGCCGAUUGGGCUCUCGAGAUGUCAUUAGCUUCAAUAGUGCCAUCACAGCAGCCGAAGCAAGUGCUCAGUGGCCGAGGGCCAUGCAGCUGCUUGAAGAGAUUUGUGGUCUAAGCAAGCCGACCUCUAUCAGCUUCAAUUCUGUGAUGAGUGCUGCUGGUGCAGGUCAACGGUGGAGAGAAGUACUACACUUCAGAAAGACGACAGAGAUCCUUCAGCUCCAUGGAGAUGUUAUUGGCUUCGCAACCCUCUUGGGCGCUUUUCAGCAUUCACUCGAUUGGGACAACGCCAACUUCUUCUUGGCGGAGGCAAGGCACAAGCGCAUCAGCACCACCACUUCUGGCCACAACGCAGCGUUAAUGGCAUGUCAACAGAAAUGGCUCGCGGCGCUGGACCUCCUAAGCCGGAUGAAAGGUGUGCGAUCUGAUGAUAUCACUUUUGCAGCGGCAGCUGUUUCAUGUCAAGAGGCAAGCCAAUGGCAAGAAGUUGUGGCCUUGCGGUUGAGGUCUUGGGCUGGAGGUGCGGAGAUGGGUUUGCUACUGCAAAAUGCUGCGCAUAGUGCUUGGCGGCAAGCACGACGGUGGCAGAGCUCAGUGCAGCUGCUUCAAGAGAUGCAGGACUGGGUGAAGCCUCGAACCAUUGACUGCGACAGUUCAUUUGCAUCCUUGUCAAGGUGACACCUAACCGGUUAGAGUCUACUCUUUGCCCUUGAGGAUUAAACUCCGUUUCAGAAACUAUGCACGUUUCAGCAACCAUGCACGUGUUUCACGCUUCUGAAACUACAUGCCUGUCAAACACCACAAUAGCUUCUAAUGCAACAGCAUGUGACUUUGUGUAGACACUUGCCGGGGUUGGAGCGUUCUUUGUGAUUGCGGCAGUAUCUAACUCUGUGUCCAUAGACGCUUGCUGGCUUGGAGGCGGUUCUGAAGACAACAAGAAGUUUUCGAAACAUGGUUCCAGAAACACAUAUACACCGGUAUUCUUGAUUCAAAACAUGUCCAACACAUUCCAAACGCUUUCCAACAAUGUAGGCUGUUUCCGAACCAUAGUUUCAGAACCAUGGUUUCAGAAACUUUUAUCUACCGCCAUUGAGCUUCACUCCCCAUGGCUGGAGAAGUGAGCUGAAAGACUCCAGCUCCUGCCUGCAGGAGGAGAACCUACUACCUGAUAUGGUGAGCUUUGCUGAAACAGUCGAGACCUGCGAGAUGGGUGGACAGCCGGGCCCAGCGGCCAUCAUUCUGAAUCUUUGCAAUUCUCGGGCUUGGCUGCCAUGAGAAGGGCUGAUCGCCACAUUCUUGUGGAGAUGACGGAGGUGACCAGAAAGGAGAACCACGCGCCCAUGGUCCACACAAAGGGAUUUCAGUGGAUCAGACCAAUCAGAUCUGAUGAGCUUGAACGCUGGUGGUUGCCAUUUGGACGUCUUCUCAGAUGGUUUCCAAGGAAGCCUCGAGUGACACAUCAGCAAAGGUUUCUUCGCAAGCGGGUGCGAA